AAUACCAUCUUAAUUCACUAACACUUACAUCCAAAAACACACACAUUCUUCUCUAUUUCCCCUGCAAAAUUUGUUUCCUUAAGAAAAAUGGCAAUGUCAAGGAACCUUACUCUUCUGUUUUAUGUCACUUUGUUGCUUAUUGUUUUGACAACAAAUCAGGCUGAGAGUCUUUCUUCUCAAUUAUCUCAACCACAAAGCCAAAGUGGUCACUCAAUGUAUGGUGCGACACAAGGAAGCCUCAAUCCACAAGCCUGUGGACCAAGGUGCACAAUGAGAUGCUCAGCCACUGCAUACAAGAAACCUUGCUUGUUCUUCUGCAAUAAAUGUUGUGCUAAGUGCUUGUGUGUCCCACCUGGUACCUUUGGCAACAAGCAACUCUGCCCUUGCUACAACAACUGGAAGACCAAGAGAGGAGGCCCUAAAUGCCCUUAAUUACUAGGACUUAUUAUUUUUCUAAGUACCUAAGUUCUACUUCUUUACCCCAACUACCCUUAUAUUUAUUGGUCCUACUCAAGCCUGUGCGAGAUUUCAAUCUGAUAGAACGUCUUCUCUUUACCUGCUUGAAAAGAACUCCGAUAAUAGCACUAGUAGUAAUUCCUUCGACUCUAAUUACAUGUUACUACUCCAUUUAUAUGCCCGCUUUUGAGGAAGUAUUUUCGGAUAUCAGAUAUGUGUGGGCAAAUACAUAUCAUAGUAAAAGACAAAAUAAGAAAAAUGAUAAAAAAAGAAAUUAAAUGGUACUUUUUUUAACUGAAUGGUACUUUUUUUUACAGAAUGGUACUUUUUUAACAUAAAUGGUACUUCCUUUUUUGUCUUUUAGCUAUUUGUCUUUUAGCUGAUAUGUGUGUUGCCACACAUAUCUGAUAUCCGAAAAAACAACCUCCCCGCUUUUAAGGUCAUUUUUAGAAUCGACUACCCAAGAAAAGAACGAGCCAUAUAACCAAGUAAUGGUUCAUUCUCUCUUAUUGAUGCCUCUACUACAUGAUGUAAUUCGAUUAUAUAAUAUUUCGAAAUUUAUUGUGUAAUAUAUUGUACGGAAAUUAUCCAAGUUGGAUUCACAUUUCGA